CACCAAAUUCGUGGCUCGCAAGUGACCCAGGAACUGCCGCCAGGCAGAUAAAUACCGUCGCGAUGAAGAGCUUAAGAAGAGAUACCUCUUCGAAUCCGCAAGCCGCCAAUGUCACCAGCAAAGUCUUCGUGCGGUCUACGAAAAGUGGAAAGGUGCAAAAGAUUGUUCGUGAGCUCUAUCUGAGACAAGACAUUCCCUGCUCCUCGAAGCUUUGCGCCCUAUGCCCUUCAGUUGCCCCCGCAGAUGCCAAUGGAAACAUUGCGCCAUUCGUCCUGUCCGAUCGUCCCGCCGGCACCAAGGCAUUCCCCCGCGGCCAUUACCUCGUUCCCGAUACGAAUGCGCUUUUGAAUGGCAUGGAUCUUUUCGAACAUACUGGCGCCUUCUACGAUGUCAUCAUUCUUCAGACCGUCCUUGAAGAGCUUCGAAACCAGUCCCUGCCUCUCUACAACCGCCUGCUUUCCCUGAUCAAAACCGACGAGAAGCGCUUUUACCUCUUCUUCAACGAGUUCCGCCUGGAGACUCAUGUCAGGAGAGGGCCAGAGGAAUCCAUCAACGAUCGGAAUGACCGUGCCGUUCGCUCAGUGGCUAGCUGGUAUGAAGAUCAUCUCCGCGUGUCGGUCAAGAUGAGCAAGAAAGAGAAAUCCUUGCCUGCUAUGGUGGUCAUUACCGAUGAUAAAGAUAGUAUCCGCAAGGCUAAGGCGGAAAAUGUCACGGCAUUAUCUCUUGCAGACUAUGUCGCCGGUCUUGAGGAUUCGGAGAAGCUACUAGAUAUGAUGAGCGAAGCUAGAGAGGCUCGGGAUACAAAGGGCGCUGCUCAGGGUGAGCUAUUCUACCCCGAGUACUACUCGAUGUCAAAACUUAUGACUGGCUUGCGAGCGGGAACUUUGCACCAAGGAGUGUUUAACGUCUCGCCAUACAACUAUUUGGAAGGGUCUAUCAAGGUCCCAGCCUUUGACAAGGCCCUGCUCAUUCUGGGUCGCGACAACAGCAACCGUGCUAUUGCAGGCGAUGUCGUCGUAAUUGAACUCUUGCCCAAGGACCAAUGGAAGUCGCCCUCAACGAAGAUUGUUGAGGAGGAGGCCGUAACGAAGAACGACAAUCCCGAUACGGACGAGACGGAAGCUGUGGUCACUGAUAGAGAGCGCAAGGCUCUUCAAGAAGAGGUCAAGCAGGCCCAUGGCAAGAACUCGGAGGGCAAGCCGCAGCCAACCGCCAAGGUUGUGGGUGUCAUCAAGCGCAACUGGCGUCAAUAUGUGGGGCAUGUGGACUCCAAUUCGACUGCCUCACUCUCUGGUCGCCGACAGCAGACCGUGUUUGUACUACCCAUGGAGAAGAGGGUUCCAAAGAUCAGAGUCCGCACGAGGCAAGCUAGCGAUCUCAUCGGUCAGCGCAUCCUAGUCACCAUUGACUCCUGGGACCGGGAUUCCCGGUAUCCCACUGGUCACUACGUCCGAUCCCUGGGUGAGCUGGAGACGAAGGGAGCCGAGACAGAGGCUCUUCUUCUGGAGUACGACGUGCAGUACAAGCCGUUCCCCAAGUCUGUCUUGGACUGCUUGCCUGCAGAGGGACAUGAUUGGAAGGUUCCUGUCUCCAAAGAGGACAAGGGCUGGAAUGGUCGACGAGAUCUCCGUGAUCUGCUCAUCUGCAGUAUCGAUCCCCCUGGCUGUCAGGAUAUUGACGAUGCGCUGCAUGCACGCCCUCUGCCGAAUGGCAACUUUGAGGUUGGUGUUCACAUUGCAGAUGUCUCACAUUUCGUCAAGCCGAACAAUGCAAUGGAUCUCGAAGCAAGUGUCCGCGGUACGACUGUGUAUCUGGUCGAUAAGCGUAUUGACAUGCUUCCACAUCUUCUUGGAACAGACCUGUGCUCACUGAAGCCCUACGUGGAGCGCUACGCCUUCUCAGUCCUCUGGGAAAUUACUCCCAACGCAGAGAUUGUGUCUUCAAACUUUACCAAGUCCGUCAUUCGCUCACGCGAUGCUUUCAGUUACGAGCAAGCACAGCUGCGUAUUGAUGAUCCCUCGCAAACCGACGAGUUGACGGAGAGCAUGCGGAACCUUCUGCGCUUUUCGAAGAUUCUCCGACAGAAGCGUUACGAUGCCGGUGCCCUGAACCUUGCCUCGCCUGAGGUCCGCAUUGAAACGGGUGAUGAAGCCGGCGACCCUCUUACAGAUGUGAAGACGAAAGCCAUGCUCGAGACCAACAGUCUUGUCGAAGAGUUCAUGCUUCUCGCCAAUAUCACCGUGGCCACAAAGGUUUACAACUCUUUCUCACAGACCGCUCUCCUGCGUCGUCACGCCACCCCACCGCCGCAGAACUUUGAGGAUCUCAUCAAUCAGCUGUCCAAGAAACGUGGCAUGGAGCUUGACGUCUCCAGCUCCGGUGCGCUGGCCAACUCUUUGGAUCGCUGCGUCGACCCAGAGAACCCAUUCUUCAAUACCCUGGUCCGUAUCCUGGCGACUCGGUGCAUGACCUCGGCCGAGUACUUCUGUGCCGGUGCCCAUGCGGAGUCUGAAUUCCGUCACUACGGUCUUGCCUCGCCCAUCUACACACAUUUCACCUCACCUAUCCGUCGAUACGCCGAUCUUCUUGUCCACCGACAGCUUGCCUCGGCUAUUGGGUAUGAAGGCGAGGAUGGCCACGCCGUCAUCGAGGGUGUCAGCACUCGUGGCAAGCUCGAGGAUAUCUGCCGCAACAUCAACUUCCGUCAUCGUAAUGCUCAAUUUGCCGGCCGUGCCAGUAUUGAAUAUUACGUCGGCCAGGCCCUCAAGGCCCGUGGUGAGAAGAUGGCCGCAGGCGGCACCGACACCGGUAUUGACGAGGAAGGCUACGUCAUGCGUGUUUUCGAGAACGGUGUUGUUGUGUUCGUUCCCCGUUUCGGUAUUGAAGGUGUCGUCCGCUUGGAAGACUUUGUUCUGCCUGGCGAAUCUGGCGUUUACUCUGUAUCUGAGCGGCGGGAACUUGCGGUUCACCGCACAACGGACUUUAACAGCGAGGAGUACACGCUUCGGGUGUCAGAGAAGAACCACGCCGAGAAGGAUCGUAGCGUGCAGGUUGAGCUCUUCCAAAGAGUCAAGGUGAACAUCAGUUCGGUCAAGGAAGAAGGCCGUGGUGCGGGCAAGCGCAGAGUCCGGGUUUUGAUUACUGGUUAA